AUGCCCCACCGAGCAGUAAUACGCGACAAUGCCGAAUCAACCAAGCUACGAGUGGUAUAUGACGCCUCGGCCCGUGCGUAUGACGGUGCGCCUUCUUUGAAUGAGUGUUUACACACUGGUCCCUCACUACAGAAUGAGUUAUGGAAUGUUAUUGUCCGCAACAGAUUCCAUCCUAUUGCAGUUGCCGGAGAUAUGCGAAAGGCCUUCCUGCAGAUACGUGUUAAGGAAGCUGAACGUGACGCAUUGAGGUUCCACUGGAUUAAAGACAAAUCGACCGAAAAACUAGAAGUGCUGAGGUUUACGAGAGUGGUGUUUGGUCUUGUUCCUUCUCCUUUGCUACUCAAUGCCGUGAUACAACAACACCUGGAAAGUGUGCAGUCCGAGUACCCAGGAAAUGUACAAGAAAUUAAGAACAGUCUGUAUGUAGAUGAUUUGAUUACCGGAGAUACUACCAUGGAAGGUGCGCAACAGCUCAAACAUCAUGCAGUAGAGAUCUUCAAUUGUGCAAGGUUCACCUUGCACAAAUGGCACUCAAACGUGCCAGAACUAGUAGGUGACUGCACCGAUGACGAGCCUUCGUUUGCUAAACAACAACUUGGUGCAUCGUCAGCUCGUGAAGAGUGCAAACUACUGGGACUCAAAUGGGACAAAGGGGAUAACACUUUACAUGUUUCACUCCCAUCUCCGCCUGCUACAUUGACCAAGCGGGGCAUCCUCGCCAACUUAGCGAAGAUUUAUGACCCGUUAGGACUUGUGUCACCUGCAAUGUUAGAGGGGAAACAAAUCUAUCGGGAAACCAGUGAGAUGAAGUUGAGCUGGGAUACCCCACUUCCCGAGGGGAUUGCGAAAAGGUGGCUAAAAUGGGACAAGAAUGCACCGGAUGAUGUGUACUUUCCUCGCAGUCUUGUUCAGUACCAGGAACCGGUCGACAAUAUUAAACUUCAUGCAUUUGGUGAUGCAAGUAUUCACGGUGUGUGUGCUGCUGUGUAUGCUGUGGUUACACAGGUGUGUUUUAGGGCGCAGAGUCGGUUGUGA